AUGGCUCUCUCCAAUACCGCCAAGCCCAAGGCUCUCAAGCCCCUUACCCUCAACACUAAAAUUACUCAUAUGCGCCUCCCCCUCGCACCACUCAUCUCCCUCUCGCACGGCGCGACGCAUCCUGCCUUCCCGAAGACCUUCUUGCACUUCUGGCUGCUCACCGAAGACGAGCUGGACGACAUGAUGCGCUUCUACGACCAAGCGGCGCCGAACCGGAAUAUGUUUUCAUCGUGCUAUCCCGUGCCGGUGGAGUACGAUCUUGAGUUUCUCGAGCGGCGGCCAGCUUCCUCCUCCACUUCCACCUCCACUUCCACCUCCACUUCCACCUCCACUUCCACCUCCACUUCCACUUCCUCUUCCUCUUCAUCUGCACCUUCCUCUGCCUCGUCGACCGCGUCAUCGGGAGUGGACCUCCCGUCUGUGCUAGGAAAGCGCCAGCGGUCGCGACCAGCAGAGCUGGCGCCUUCACCAGCCCCGCCGGCACUGGAUCUGGGUUCCUCAGCAGAUGAGGAGGAGUACCAUCUUAGCGACCACGACCGCCUCGCGAUCAAGCGGCGCAAGUUCGGCAAGUUCAUUGGCAUUCGCGGGUGCGAGACGCCGCGAGAGGAGGUGCUGUUAAGGUUGCGGUUCAUGCAGCGCCGCAUCAGGCGGAGUGUGGAGGAUGAGAUGAGGUUGAACGAGGAGGCGGAACGGGGGUGGAUGGGGAGGAAGUGGGUUUAG